CUUUCCUCUCUUGAAGUAAGUCGGGUUAUUUAAGCAGACAAUUGGCCAAAUAAAUACUCAGGUUUCCACGCAUUGAAAUCCGACAAAGGGUGUUGAAACCCCCACAUAAGAAUGACAUGUCCGGGACCUAACACAAACAUCUUCUAUGACGACAUGUAAACAUCACGAUGGCGGAUUUGGGGCGCAUAUGGAAGAGGAAGCAUAGCAAAAUAAAAGUAAAUAAUAGUAAUUACUUACGGCAGUGUAUUCAAUCCACUUGAUUAUUGCUAAUAAAAUUAUUAACUUCAAAAACAAUCUACGAUAGCAAUCGUCUCGGAGCAAGCCCACUAUCAAGAGUAUCGGAAUGUCGCCUCCAACCGUGUUCCAGCUAAGCGGGACUUGUAACAAUUAUCCUUGGGGAAAGAAAGGAAAACAAUCCCUCGCAGCACAGCUUUGCGCGCAGACGCCUGGUAUUGACUUUCAAAUCAAAGAUGAUGAAUUUUAUUCAGAGAUGUGGUUUGGAGACUACCCUGAUUUCCCAGCUCGCAAACUAGAUACCGGCGAGUUAUUAGCAGACGUGCUUCAAGCCAACAAAGAGAAGCUUCUAGGAAAGAAGGUCAUUGAGAAAUUUAACAGCCAACUUCCAUACUUGCCGAAGAUCCUAUCGAUCGCCAAGGCACUCCCACUACAACUCCACCCUAAUAAGGAACUUGCUACUAAACUUCACGAGAAAGAUCCAGACAGUUUUACCGACCCGAAUCACAAGCCUGAGAUCGCAGUAGCAUUAUCCAAAUUCGAGGUUUUCGCCGGGUUUAAGCCGUUGAAUAAAAUAGCACCUCUAUUCGAGCUUCAACAACUACGACAAUUCAAUCCAGAACAACCAGAUAAAUGGACAGACGAGACAUUACGGAAUGUCACCAGAACCCUACUCAAGGCUGACCUUGAUACGGUUAGAAAAGUCCAAACAGAACUAUCGAAGGUCCCGAAAGAUCACUUGGGAGAUGCAGCCUACAUCUUGGACCUCCUACCCCGCCUUCAAGAUCAAUACGGUCCGGAAGAUGCAGGCAGUUUAGUGGCGCUUCUGUGCAUGAAUUACCUUGUCUUCAACGCCGGAGAUGCAGUGUGGAUACCUGCAGAUGGAAUCCACGCAUACUUAGCUGGCGACAUCGUCGAGUGCAUGGCCAGGAGCAAUAACGUGCUCAACACCGGCUUCUGCCCGCCUGGCGACCGUAACAAUGCCGAUACAUUCGCGGACACAUUGACUUUCAAGGCUCACAGCAGGGAUGAUGUUUAUCUACCUAGCCAGAAGUCGAACAAGAGCAAGAAUGGGAAGACAGUGGUGUAUAGACCACCGAUGAGUGAAUUUGACAUGCUCAAAGCAGACCUAGGCGCCGGCGAGAGCGAGGAGCUUACCGCGAGCGAAGGUCCAGGCGUAUUAAUCGUGACCUCGGGGAAAGGAGUAAUGCACGCUGAGGGAGUAGACCAUCAGCUUAAGGAAGGGUUCAUCUUUUUUGUCGCGCCAGGUGUCCCGAUCCUGUGGGAGAGUCAGGAUGGAAUACAGAUACACAUGGCUGUCAUCUGAAUAAUAAUGAGAGUAUGGAUCAUAUCGAAGAGUGAGGUUAUUGGAGUUACAUUGGGGUUUCUUUAUAACUAGUAAAACAUCUAUUAUAUCAUGCAACUGGUAUUAUACCUCUUUGCUCGUAUCCCUAACUUCAUCGAGCUAUUGGCGGCAUUUAACUAAUUAAAAGCCACCAAUUAUUGAAAUCAGCCAAGAAUAUACUAAAUAAUUGCCUGUUAAAGAAGAUUUUAAUUAGGAUAGGUAGAUUGUUUAGGCAAUUGAACUAUUGAGCUUCCGGAGUUAGAUCACCCGGCAAAAUGUCUCAUCGCCCCUCAGCUCAACCAGCUCGAGAAGAUCU